UUUGUCUAAAAUAAAUCUAAUAAUGUGAGCCAAAAAUAGGGUAAAAUUGAUCCAAUAAGACACAUAUGAAGACUUUGACUUAGCUUGUAAGUUUUUUACAUGACAUAAAUGAAGGUAUCAAAAUUUUAGCGAAGGUAGAGACACGGCCUCAUGGGGUGGGAUUGGAUUGUACGGAGUAGUGGACUAGCAAUAGUGAAGAAGCAAGGAUUAAAAGCUUUUUUUUUUUUUUUUUUUUUGAAUAGAGGCUUAAAAGCUUUAAUUAGCAUUGAUAUUAUUUUUAUUAUUUUUUUUAUAUGCACUGAUAUAGAUAUAAAUGAAAGUUUAAUAAACAAAAAUUGACCUCAACUUUUAGACGCCGCACACCUUAAAAUUUAUCAACUAAAUUUGAUCGUGCAGCUGUCAUCUAUAAAUAGAAAGUUAUAGGAAUACGAGAAAACUAUAGAAUAAGACAAAUUUAGCAACGGAGCCGACAAGUAAGCCUUGUUCUAGUUAAAUGCAUUGUGGGGCAUAUUUGAUCUACCUAUAGACCUCAAAUCACUUACGUAUACCUUUAACUUGAAUUCAUCUCCAUCUACCUACACUUAUAAUUAGCAACCAUCUCAACUAUCCCAUUGUACUUUGCACACCCACUCUCACUCCCAAAUAUUAUGGGACUCUUACAUUCUACUAAGAAGUUCAGAGGUGUCAGGCAGCGCCAUUGGGGUGCUUGGGUUGCUGAGAUUCGUCAUCCUCUAUUGAAAAGAAGGAUAUGGUUGGGGACCUUCAAGUCCGCCGAGGAGGCGGCUAGAACCUACGAUGAAGCGGCCGUCCUAAUGAGUGGCCGGAAAGCUAAGACAAAUUUUCCUGUCACGACCAAAAUUGGCUCAAGCAAUGAGAUAAUAACAUCAAGACCAUCAAAAGAACCCUUAUCAAAAUCACAUCCAAAUGCUAGUGUUUCAUCCCUCCUUAACUCGAAGCUUCGAAAGUCAUAUCAGAAGUUGUGUCCUUCCCUCACUUGUCUAAGGCUAGACACCGAGAACUCCAACAUCAGAGUAUGGCAAAAGCGGUCCAUUGGAGGGCAACCGAACUCUAGUUGGGUAAUGACCGUAAAGUUUGAUGCAAAAAACAAUGUUGAAGCACAAGAAAUUAAGGGUGGAAUUAGUGAAGAAGAGAAAAUUGCGUUGCAAAUGAUAGAGGAACUUCUAAACAAUUACUGAUCAUAUAAGAUGAUUAAUGCCAUGCAAUAAUAUAGUACCAAGUAUAUAUAUUAUGUUUGUUAUACUACGUAUAUUCUAGACAAUAGUACGGUACGAUAUAGGUAUAUAGUACAUAAUAUACUUAUUGGGUAACUAUUAGGAAUAAAUUAUGUGAUUAGGAUUAAGGAAGGUGUGUUACUCUAGGAAUCCUAAACUAAUACACUUCCUAAUUACAUAAUAGAAGUAUAUUCUUAAUAAUUAUAAAGUAUCAAUUGGCUGUUAUUAAAUAGCAAGUUUGAUUAGCUAGCUAGUGUAUUUUAAUUGCAAUUAACUUUGUCAUUUUCUACUUGAUGGAAAAGUUAUGGCCUUAUAGGAUGAUAUAUGCUCCCUCCGUAACAUAUUACUCACAACAAAGGAGUAAUAUGCAACGGGUGAAGUAUAUAUAUUUGUACGUAUGUGGAAAUACCAAAUUAUAUAUACACGUUACGGAGUAGAGUUU